AUGCCCUGGCUCAGCUGCAAGACUGUCCUCAUGUCCGUUAAUUACUGCUUGUCGAUUGAUGAUAUGCUUGAACCAGCUCUGCGAUCUCUAUCAACUCCCAUCAUAUCCAUUAGAAACCACCAUUUUCCAAGUUAUGCCAAAUUUGAAGAGCCCCAGCUGAGACAAAUGUGGGAAGAGCAACUGGCAGACAUAAAGGCGUUCAUGCCCUAUAACCAUACAUACAAGCAUGCAAUCCUUCUCUGGUGCACCUUUGUAUUUGAUUUUUUGUAUAUGAAGCAAUAUGCUGACGAUUGCACCUUUGACAUUUCUUGCUCGCAUGAACUAUUGUGCAAACCCGUAACAUCUACAUGUUGCUCACAGGUUGGAGGAGUCGUAUUGACAUGUACCUGUUUGGAAUGUGGAGGAGGAAAGAAGCAGCCUCAGAUCACCUGGAAGGGACCCCCUGGCUUCAGAGGUAUCAUUUGGUUCUUCUCCAAACUUCUUCAAUGCGGAUCACAGUUGAGGAAUCUCUUGCCGUCUAUGGAGUCUGGUCUACAAAACCCUCUUCUAGGAAACCCUUGUCUACAAAACUUCCCAUAUCUUGCCCACAAAACCCUCGUCUACCAUCUACGCAUCCUUGUGUACCAACCAUCUAUAGACCAUCGUUUACCUACCACCCGUCAACCACCUCGGCUACCACGUCGCCCACGCUCUUGUUUACGAUCCGGGAAGUUCCGUUUACCAUGUCGCCAAUCUACAAAAACCCACAACCUUGUUGCCCACCUACCAUGGCAGGACCAACACGGGAGUAGAGAGGAUGCUGACCCUGUAAUUAAGCAGCAGACUCUGAGGGAGAUGGAGAAGCAUUUCAGAACCGUUGAUGAGGAUGCAGUAGUGUUGUUGGCCAAUCGUAUUCCGAUUCCUGUCCUUGUAUUCUUGAAGGGAGACCCGAUCAAGCUUCCCGCCAAACUCACCGCAGCUGACAAUGUGGCCAAGAUGUUUGAGACCUUGACCAAGACCCUCUACGUGGUGGACUCAACUCGUAAGAACACCUAUCCAAUCAUCCCUACCAUUCCACCCAAAUCUGAUGUCCAACACGUCCACCACGCUCUACAAAAGGAAGCCUUUCCGGCAAACGAGUUUGGUACCACCUACCUGAUCAUGCAACAGGAGCAGGGCCAUAACGACAGGAUGACACAGGUGCAGGCGGAAAAAGAGGCACAGAGGGUGGCGGAAAGGUCGGGCAAGGCCGCUCCCAUUGCCGACCACCCCAACCACCCCACCCUGCUCCCACCAAUCAAGCUGUCAAUCUCCUUUCUUUGUAUGAGCAGAGUUGGCAAAUUCUACAAGGACAUGGAGCCAAACUUUGAGUGUGCCGCUGCCAUCUUCAAAGCUAUCGAUGCCAAUCUCUACAAGGAAUAUGAACGAAUGAUCUGUCGUUUGGCUGGGUUGAGAAACGUCCAAUCGCCCUCAUCCGUCUGGUGUUUGAUGGUCUUGAUCACAAACUUGAACGUCGAGCCGCAUGGCAAUCGCAUUGACAGGAAGGACGGCUGGGUGCUGGUACAGUGCUUUGGCAAUUUCAAUGAGAAAGGCGGUCAGACGGUCUGCCCUGGACUGGGUCUCAUAUUCAACAUGCCCUGGUUUACCGGCAAGCGAGUGAGCUGUGUCUACUGGACCCACGCCGGUAUGUUUGAAUAUGGCUUGCCCAAGAAGAAUAGGCCUAAACAAAAGCAAAGAGCCAAGGACGAUUCGAUUACCUCGGUCCCCGCCUUGGCCGCUCCGACCGCUCUGACCGCUCCGGCCCCAGCUGCCAACAUUCCUACGACUCCAACAUCCUGGGGUGACAAACUGAAAUUUAACUGGGCAACGUGGGGGGAAAAGCAGGAUCAGAAGGAAGCUCACAAGGAAGUGGGCAGACAGACUACCUUGCUGCAGCCAGGAGUCUGCAAAGGAGUCGGGAGUGGAUAUAUUGCGGGUGGAGCUAAUUGGGAACAGGAGGUGGUGGUCCUGGAAGAUUCGGAUCAUGACGACAAUGAGCACGGCAAGGCAAAGGCAAAGGGUAAGAAGGCGAAGGUGACCAAGGCAAAGGGCGACAAGGCAAAGGGCAAGGCCAAGGCAAAGGGGAAGGCCAAGCCGAGGGGAACAGUCUCUUCCGGGUUUUACCGCAUGAACGUCUCGUCCCGGCCUUGGAAGCGUGGUAUCAUUGUCGGUACCAACAAAUUGGGUCACAGUCGCACUAUGAGUCCGGGAAAUCAGGCGGGACGCGAAUCACAACAGCUGAUGGCAGAUGUCAGGGAGAGGGUCAGUACCGUAGUUGAUACGGUCGGCAGAAUGACAAAAGAAGGUGACUCCAUUGGAGGCGCAGCCACUUCUGAUUGA